GAUACCAAAGAAGAAGAACAGGUAACCAACCGUGGAGCUUAUACGGUCUCCAAGGAAACUUAACUUUUCCUCUGUGCAAUCUAUCAACAUGGAAAUGUUUUCUCUAACACAUUUUGCCAGAAAACAAAGAGAAAUCACCGACAUCGACAAGAAGAAGUUUGAAACGGUUUAUGAGCUGUGUGACACGGACAAGAAAGGCUACCUGAACAGAGAAGACUUAAAAAUGGCGGUGGUCAUGCUGUUUGGAUAUAAACCAUCAAAGUCUGAAACCAACAUGUUAAUGGAUCAAGCCCAGGCAAAAGAUUCACCAGGGGUGUGUAUAGAGAUGUUUAUGUGUCUCAUGGGCAAGAAGUUGUCAUCAGAUGACCACUACCAGCAAACCAGACAGAUCUUCAACACCUUUGAUGUGAACUGUCGUGGUUUCCUGAAGCUGGAGGACUUUAGAACAGCCUUCAGUAGAGUGGCUCCUCGUCUGCCUGAGAGGACUGUCCUGGAGGCCUUCAGAUGUGUAUAGAAGAGAUCAUGCUGAGAUCGCUCCCAGGCAACAACUUCUCCCAGAAUGCUCACUAACGAACACCCAUUUUUUGGUGUGAAAUUCAGCCCUGAAAUUAUUUUAAUUACUACUUGUGUUUAUCUUUUAUCUCUCUCUGUUUUUAACUUUUUAUAAAAGGCCUCCAGAACUCACUCUAAAGGAGUCAUACAAACAAACAACAAAUAUGAGAAACGACAAAUAACUGGAAAAAAUUGAGCCCAGUGUGCAGCCUCGUUUCAGAUGAUGACUAUCAUAAAGCGUCUCAGAUUGGGAGUGCUGAUCUAGGAUCAUUUUAGCCUUUUAGAUCAUAAUGAAUAAGAUUACAAUGGACAGGGGGAACCUGUCCAAGCACUCUUACUCUGAGAGGCUUUGAGUACACUCCCAUUGUAAUUAACUAGCCCUCUAUAGUUUGAAAAUGCUACGGAAGAACACAGUCCAAGAUGUUGUAAUCAGAAAAGGGAAUAGUGUUAUUUGUUGUAAUUGCAUUUCCUCUGAAGUAGAUCUUUUUUCCUGUGGAGUGGCUCUGGUGUGUGUGUGUGUGCGUGCGCAGUAGACAAGCAGAUAACCUAAGGCAGGGUGUUCCUCCUCCUCUUAUUGGAUAGAGGCCUCUAGGGGACACAUCAAUCCUUAUCUUAGCCCCCGGAGCUGCUGCGACUACAUACACAGUCUUGUAUAAUUACAGUGGGGCAAAAAAGUAUUUAGUCAGCCACCAAUUGUGCAAGUUCUCCCACUUAAAAAGAUGAGAGGCCUGUAAUUUUCAUCAUAGGUAUACUUCAACUAUGACAGGCGAUGAGAAUCAAAAAAAUCCAGAAAAUCACAUUGUAGGAUUUUUUAUGAACUUAUUUGCAAAUUAUGGUGGAAAAUAAGUAUUUGGUCAAUAACAAAAGUUUAUCUCAAUACUUUGUUAUAUACCCUUUGUUGGCAAUGACAGAGGUCACAAGGUUUUCACACACUGUUGCUGGUAUUUUGUCCCAUUCCUCCAUGCAGAUCUCCACGGCGUAGUGUGUUACUGGUGGUAGGCUUUGUUACUUUGGUCCCAGCUCUCUGCAGGUCAUUCACAGGGCCCCCCGUGUGGUUCUGGGAUUUUUGCUCACUGUUCUUGUGAUCAUUUUGACCCCACAGGGUGAGAUCUUGCGUGGAGCCCCAGAUCGAGGGAGAUUAUCAGUGGUCUUGUAUGUCUUCCAUUUCCUAAUAAUUGCUCCCACAGAUGAUUUCUUCAAACCAAGCUGCUUACCUAUUGCAGAUUCAGGCUUCCCAGCCUGGUGCAGGUCUACAAUUUUGUUUCUGGUGUCCUUUGACAGCUCUUUGGUCUUGGCCAUAGUGGAGUUUGGAGUGUGACUGUUUGAGGUUGUAGACAGGUGUCUUUUAUACUAAUAACAAGUUCAAACAGGUGCCAUUAAUACAGGUAACGAGUGGGGGACAGAGGAGCCUCUUAAAGAAGAAGUUACAGGUCUGUGAGAGACAGAAAUCUUGCUUGUUUGUAGGUGACCAAAUACUUAUUUUCCACCAUAAUUUGCAAAUAAAUUCAUUACAAAUCCUACAAUGUGAUUUUCUGGAUUUUGUACCUACCUAUGAUGAAAAUUACAGGCCUCAUCUUUUUAAGUGGGAGAACUUGCACAAUUGGUGGCUGACUAAAUACUUUUUUGCCCCACUAUAACUUUGUAGGGACACACAAUUCAUUCCCAUUCAAAAUCCUAUUUUCCUUAACCCCUAACCCUAGAACUAAACCUACUACUAGUGGUGUCACGUUCUGACCAUAGUUCUAUUAUUUUAUUAUUUGUUUUAGUAUGGUCAGGGUGUGAGUUGGGGUGGGCAGUCUGUUUGUUUUUCUAUGUUGGUUUUUGAGUUCGGCCUAGUAUGGUUCUCAAUCAGAGGCAGGUGUCGUUAGUUGUCUCUGAUUGAGAAUCAUACUUAGGUAGCCUGGGUUUCACUUUUGGUUUGUGGGUGUUUGUUUCCGUGUGAGUGUUUUGGCCACACGGUACUGUUUCGGUUUUGUAAAUUCACGUUGUUAUUUUCUGUUUAGUGUUCUGAGUUUGAAUUAAAAAAUCAUCAUGAACACUUACCACGCUGCACUUUGGUCCGAUCCUUACUCCUCCUCAGACAAAGAGGAAAUC